AUGCCUCGGAUCGAGUUUGAGCCGAAGCUUGAUUUCAAAGAUGUUCUUCUACGACCAAAACGGUCUACACUGAAAAGCAGAGCAGAUGUGGAUCUCGUUCGAGAGUACACAUUCAAAAACUCCAAAAAAACCUAUAGUGGAGUACCAGUGGUGGCGUCAAAUAUGGAUACAGUGGGGACUUUUGAAAUGGCAGAAACUCUUGCCAAACAUCAACUAUUCACAACCAUACAUAAACAUUACUCUCUGGACGAAUGGCAAGCAUUCUUCGAGAAGAACAAAAAUACGGACGUGUUCAAGAAUAUUGCUGUAUCAUCUGGGUUAUCUGAUAAAGACUUCGAAAAGUUACGAUCUAUUUGUGAGAUGGUGCCGUUGUUGGAGAGCAUCUGCCUAGACGUGGCAAACGGUUACUCAGAAACGUUUAUCGAAUAUAUUCGGAAGGUUCGCGAGCAUUUCCCAAGGCAUACGAUAAUGGCCGGAAACGUGGUCACUGGUGAGAUGGUUGAGGAGCUCAUACUCUCAGGAGCCGACAUCAUCAAGGUAGGAAUCGGUCCAGGAUCCGUUUGCACAACGAGAAAGAAGGCUGGAGUCGGCUAUCCACAACUGAGCGCUGUUCUCGAAUGUGCUGACGCUGCCCAUGGUCUCGGUGGGCAUGUAAUGAGCGAUGGCGGAUGUACAAACCCAGGAGAUGUGGCGAAAGCGUUCGGAGCAGGAGCUGAUUUCGUAAUGAUUGGCGGAUUGCUGGCUGGUCAUGAUCAAAGCGGUGGGGAAAUCAUUGAACAAAACGGACGGUUGUUGAUUUAUGGUUUCAAAAGCUUAUUUGUAAUCACUCGACAUCAAGAGCCUUUUCAACAGUGUUUGCUAACCAGCACUUUUUUUUUCAGGGGAGACGUCAAUAACACCGUUCUCGAUAUCCUUGGUGGAAUUCGCUCCGCCUGCACGUACACUGGAUCUGCUAAAUUGAAGGAACUCUCUAAGCGUACAACGUUCAUUCGGGUCACUCAACAAACAAACGACAUGUAUGUGCCUCUCGAAAUAAAUCCUCAGAAAUAA